ACUCGCUAAUAUCACAAAGACCACCAACGAAGCUACAUUUACGAUUAAUUUGCAAAGUCCAGCAAAUUUGCAGCAAUUUAAACUUUGCGAUAACACUACACGUGAGCUUUUAAGAGAAUCUCCUUAAGGCGUAUAAUACACGACGGUGCACAACCAAUUCUUCACUUCUUUGAGAGCUUAACGCUCGACUAUCGAUCAUAAGUGGUGUUAAGAACUACAGACUGUUAUCAGUCUACAGCCAUGCAGACAAUUAAUACCACAUUCAAGUCCACGUGCUCUUUGUCUGACUAUGCUUGCGCCCUAAAAUUCCCCUACUUGACCAGCGCAACGUUUCCAAGCGCUAUAAAAGCUCGCCGCUAUGUUUGAUUUUCAUUAACAAUUUUGUUAGCCAAGUUAACAUAUCAAAAUGAAAUUUGCUGUCUUCGCUCUUGUACUAGGACUGUGCCUUGCAGUCAACGCGGCCAGUGUGGACUACUUCGUGGAGGAUGACGAGCUUAUCGAAUUAUCUUCUUCAGAGUUAACCGAUACGAUCAGUGAUGCUUUCCUUUUCGGCGUUCUCGGACGCUUGAAGCCGACCAUCAAGGUUAGUUUGCGCACCUUAAAGGGUGUUCACUGCACCAUCGAGAGGGUGAUAAGCAUUCGCGCGGCUGGCAUUGAUUUCCUUGAUGCCUUUAAGGAUUGCAAUAGCGCCGCUUUUAAGGACUUGAACGCCGUACUUAAUCAAGUACAAACUGUGGUCAACACCAGCAAUGAUAUUAUUAACCUGAAUGAGAAUGUUUGCCAUAACGCUGACUAUAACGCUGAAGCUGAUGGUAAUAAGAAGACAUCGAAAUCUUGUUUCAGCAAGUUGGUGGGCAAGAUGGUAACACUGAAGAAGCAGAUUGGCACAACCAUUAACUUGUCGAAGAAAAUGUCCUCCACACCGGGUGUUUAUGGCGCUUGCAAUGUCUACGCUGUGAAUGAUUUGCUCUCCGUAUUCACUGAAUUCCCUUCUUUUGUCAAGCAGUGCUCGAAAUUGACCCAUUAAAUGUGGAGUAACAUUCUUAAUUUCACGAAAUAUACUUGUAUAUUGAAAGCAUGUAA